AUUUUUCUGCAGAAGUCAGGAUUAUACAAGAGAACUAUAUAUUUGAACCAUGGUUAACAGAAUUUAUGUUACUUUACUUGCCGUGGUGUGUCAUUUAUGGAGGAUACAUGGAUCAUAUAUCCCGCCUGGAUCACUUACCAAUCAGUGUCAAGAAAACGAUGACGCUGUUGAGGAUGCAAUGGAAAAGCUGGCAACAUUCUAUACUUUGUCAAGUUUUAAUACAACUAUGUAUGCGCCACAAAGCAAUUCACUCCGAGUCGACAUGGAGGAAUACAACAAUAUUCGCACAUUCUGUAGCAACUUCAGAUCCAAAUUUCAAACCAUUCUUGAUUUCAAAUUCUUAGGUGAUUCUGUCAGGUUUUCAACAAGUCACCUCUCAACGUGCCCAUGGGUUUUAGUAGAUACUUAUGAUGAGAACAGACUUCCCAAGGUCAUACCGCAGGCUAAAUGCGUGUGCAAUCGGUGCCUACAAAAGAUUUCUAGUAGUGGUGACGUUCAGUAUAUUCCGAGGUUAGGCCGAUGUAAACCGGUUAUGACGUCAGUGAUGACUGUCAGACGGCAGUGUAACGUAGAUUCUGGAUUCUAUGAAUACACAGCAAAAGCUGAGAAAAUAGCUGUCGGGUGCACGUGUACUAGUCCUGUUCAUGUUUGACGAACUGUGAUUUUUAAACAGUUGUUUAUUGAAUAGAAAUGUAGGUUUUGAAGGGACGCAAUUGCUUUUCAUCACUUUAAAUAUAAACACUUUUAUUUUUAAACCAGAUCUAUAUUAAAACUAGUUUUAAUUCACCAUCGUCACAUUAAA